AUGUCUGUGUUUGUCGGACAGGCUGAAUUUGCUGAACAGGCUGAAUUUGCUGAACAGGCUGAACAGGCUGAAUUUGCUGAACAGGCUGAACAGGCUGAAUUUGCUGAACAGGCUGAAUUUGCUGAAUUUGCUGAACAGGCUGAAUUUGCUGAACAGGUUGAAUUUGCUGAACAGGCUGAAUUUGCUGAACAGGCUGAAUUUGCUGAACAGGCUGAAUUUGCUGAACAGGCUGAAUUUGCGGGGAUGCUUGUAUCUCAUUAA